AUGAAUUCUGCUGACCCCGCACAAGAGGAUGAGGUGGUCAGAAACCACCCAGACACCACAGACUUGCAGCAAGUCUGGAACGCAGGGCCUCGAGGACACAUUGCGAGCAACUUUGAUUUGAAGCACGAGAGGGGAGGUAUGCAGAUUGUUUUGAAACAAGACAUUUCAAGCCGGGCAGAAAAGAUGAACAUCCAAAUCGCGUGCUUGAAUCACAAAAUCAAAUCAGUUUUUGAUUUUAUCACGAGCUUGCCACCAGUUUUUCAUUCCUGGGCAUUGGGUCGGCGUAAGAACUCUGUGGCGGAAUCUGAAGAUUUGGAAGCAGACAGCCUUGAAGUAGACGCUCUUCAACCAACGCCAGUCGACGAUGCGGAGGCCACCCAAGGUGGAAAGAGCACUCCAGUUCCGCCCAGCCCAAGGCCACAAGGAAAGAAACCAGGCCCCAGAAGACGUGCCGCGGUUGUGACAUUGAGGAACGCUGAAUCUGUCGAGGAUGCACGGAAAAAGGCUGCUGAGGCCUACUUUGUCGAAGAAAACCGGCUACAGAGCUCUUUGACGGCCUGCGUUGUCAAAGACAUUUGCCGGCACAUCUAUGAUCACGUAGUUGUCGAGAGCCCGCCAUGGAAUCUUCGCAUUGGCAGCGUUGAAGCAGCUUUGAUCGCUUGGGAUUUGACAUCCUACAUUCAUGGAUGCUGCCGCAUUCCAAUGACAAUGGUUACCCAGCGAGAAGGAAGAGACUACACAUUUAUUUUUAUUGUGCUCAUGGUUGAUGACCAUUUCGCUCUACUUGGGAGAUAUUUGCUGAAGGAUUUGUGCUUCAGUCCGCUUCAAAGGAGAAAGCUGUCUGAUCUUGUGGAUCAAAUUGCCGACAUCCUGCGUUUGCGUGGUCACAAUUUGAUGACCUUGUACCUGGGACUUCCAACGGAGGGGACUUCAGUCCCAGAUGAUUCACCAACGUUUUGGCGCGUUCUCAAGCUCAGCUGCAGGCGCCAGGAGUGGAACAGUGUCCUCGCAAGCUGUGACUUCUACAUCGCGAGAAGGCAACAAGUGCGUUCCAUCAUUUCUGAAGUAACUUUCGAGGACUUGGACGGAGAAAGCAGCAAUGCUUCGGUCCCCACAGGUCUUGCUUUGUGGAGAAAUUCACGAGGUGAAGUGCGAUUGAAGGCAACAGAACCGUUAAUGGUUCGGCAGAGGCUGAAGCGCGUGCAGCCAAAGGCGAAAUCAUGCAGUCAAGGAGGCGUGGCAGCAAUUGACAAGGCAUCUGUUUCAGCUCUGUCCAUGAAGAUGGGUCAUAUGGAGCAAAAGCAUGAGCAUGAACAGGAGCUGUGGCACCAAUUGGCCUUCCCUCCGAAGCAUCAAGAGGUAGCCACGACAUCUGCCUUUGUGGCUGUGGAGUGGCCCGUUGUACAGGAAUCUGAAUGUUCAUCGGUGUCGUGUGCCUCAUUGGAGGAAUGUGCUGAGGACUUCUGCAUUGAUCGACAUCAAAUUCAAUCAACCUUCAGU